AUGGAAAAGUUCAUAGGAAUUCAACAACUAAAAGGAAUACUUAAAUGUUUUCCAAGAAAUAUAAAAUUUUGCUUUGCAUAUGGAUCUGGUGCAUUUAAGCAAAUGAAUAAUCAAUCUAACAAUAUGGUAGACCUUAUAUUUGUUGUUCGUAAUGUAAACCAAUGGCAUGCAGAAAAUUUGCAACUUAAUCCUAAGCAUUAUGCUCAACCCUUGAGAUUUCUUGGGCCCAGAGCAAUUGCAAAUGUACAAGAGACAUGGGGUGCUAAGGUGUAUUAUAAUACAUUGAUCAAAAUACCAGGAGGAUAUACUAUCAAAUAUGGAAUAAUUUCAGAAGUUUCGCUAAUAGAAGAUUUAUUAGAUUGGAAUGAUAUGUACUUAGCAGGAAGGCUACACAAACCAGUUAAAGUAUUAGUGGAACCAGAUGAACAUUCUCAAUUACCUACAGCUUUAAUACAAAAUUUACAUUCAGCUGUUCAUGCAGCAUUACUAUUGCUGCCAGAACAUUUUACAGAGAUUGACUUUUAUAAAACUAUAGCUGGUUUAUCCUACAGUGGUGAUUUUCGAAUGACUUUUGGUGAAAAUAAAGAAAAAGUUAACAACAUUGUUCUGUUCCAACUGACAUAUUUCAGAGAGUUGUACAGUCCAAUUUUGCAACAUUUUGAAAAUUAUGUGGAUAUUCCAAAGUCAGAAAAGAUGGCUGUCAUAUGUCAUCAAGAUACAAAUCCUACAACAAAAAUAUAUCAUUUGAAUCAGUUACCUAGGAUACCACAAGUUAAACUGGUCAGGGCAUGGACACAAGGCCCGAGAUCAAAAGAUACAGAAGAUUGCUUAUGUGCAAUCGCUUAUGACCCAGAGUGCGGUGAAAUAUUGGAGGAAUGCUUGAAACAAAUUGUAUGGAGGUCCAGUAUAAUGCAAAGUUUGAAGGGAAUUAUCACUGCUGGAUUUCUGAAGUCUGUUAAGUACAGUGCAGCAAAAAUAAUGAAGAUGAUACAAACAAGUCCACAGAUAAAUCCCCAGCAAAAGAUAGAAUCAAGUGAAAGUAAAGUUGAAAGAAUAGUAGCAAGUGUAAAGAAUCAGACACAAUCGAAAGAAACGGACAAACGCAUAGAAUAG